AUGUCUAUAGAGUUCGGCAAGGCCGAGUACGUUAAUGGCCGUUCUAAGAAGAAUCUUGUUUUUUUAUGGGAAAGCCGUGAACACAAGUCGCGUGUCUACGAGUUUAUAGUAUCUGCCAAAUUCAAGGUUUUUUCGUAGUUUAUUCUAUUGGAAUUUAUGAUGAGUUCAGGCAGAUGGCCUAGUGUCAUGGAAAUGUGUACAUUGUAUGAAGCUCCGUGAUCAAAUGAAGAAAGAUGUGGGAAAUUUAUUAUUUUUCUGGGAUUUCAUCAAAAUUUCAGGGGAAACCAGUGGCUGAUCGGAAAAUUCCGCUUGUUCACAUUGAUAAGGAUAUCAUCAAGGUUUUCUGAAAAAAAAGAUAAAAAUUUUAUUUAAUUUUACAGGAAAAUCCUGAGCAUCCUUUCAAUGCUGAGCACUUUUGUACCGGGCGCGAUAUUGUGGAUUCCGCGAUUUUAAGGGCGAAACUAUCGUAUUUAAAAGUUUGAAAAACUUUUGUAUUCAUCUCAAGAACUAUUUGUUCAAGGACAGUCUAAAACUACCAUUCCCGAUAACCGAGUCCCCGUCAGAAACAACGGAAAGUGAUUUGACGGAAGUUGUCGAAAAAUGUAAGUUUCGACGAUUUUAAUGUUCCAAAAAAGUGUGAUUUUCAGUGCCUCUGAAGUUGGACGCAAGCCAAAAGCGUCGAGUGACGUGUGUUAUUAACCGAACGCCGUUUUUGAAACGGGCCGCAUUGCGGCAAAAACUUAAAAAGGUAGAGUAAAAGAGUAAUUUGACAUUGGAAGUUAUUUUGAUAGAAAAAAAGCCUACUUUUUAGUGUUUUUUUUUUUUUUUUGACCCCUGCCUUGAUUAUUCCCAUUUGAGAAGGAACUGUUUUAAAAUAGAGAAUUUCAAGCUUUGAAAAACUUUAAAUUAUUAUUUUUGAUUCGAAACAAUUUUCGAGGGUCUUCGAAGACUCUGUGAAUGAAGCUUUUUUGAGAAAUUUUUCUUGCUGUUUCGAAGAUUUUGGCUCAGUGUUUCAUCAUGAAGUAGUUUUGCCUCUUUAGGAAGUUUACCAACCUUGUUUGAUUUCAGAAAUGGACCCCUGAAGACACGUUUUUAUUGGCCGUCGAGAAGGUGGAAAAGCAACAAGUAAAAGAAAAAGCUCAUGAGAUGCCCAAAAGCCAAGUUAAAAAUAGAAGUUAUAAAUCUAUAAAAGUUGAAUUUUCAGAAGAAGGUGCGAUUAGCACCGUUAUCUGAUUGUCUUCCAUCGACUUCCGAAAUCCUUGAGAAAGUUUUGAAUUCAAGAAUUGGAAAUUUGGAAGAAUUCGUGAAGGUCGACGUCUGUGGCGAUGAUAGUUUGAAUAGGAAUUCGGGUUUGUUUUGAGGUUUUUUUCAUUGUGAUUUUUAUUUGGAUAUUCUUUUUUUGUGUGUUUAACAAAAAAAUUACAAUCAAAAAAAUCAGAUGUAAGUGGGCAUUUUCUUGGUUUUUUUCUUUUUUUAAUAUAAUAAAACUUUUUUUCUUCUCUAAUCUCCAUUAACUUUUACUUUUAUCGAAGUUCCUUUUUGUGCCGUCAAAAAAACUGGCAACUUUCCUUAUUUUUUUAUCUAGCUUUUUUUCAUUCACAUUUAUUUUUUUCAAUUUUUUUAAGACUUGCGGAGAAUGAUUGGAACUUUUUUCACUUAGAAAAACGGUUUUCGAGAAGUAUUUCAAUGAUUUUCGAAUAUUAUUUUCCCCGUCUUGAUAUCUGAAAAAAAGAAAAAAACGGAGACAGGUACCAGUGAAAUCAAACAGAAAAAAAAAACUGUUCGAGAAUUUUUUGCCGUUUCAAGGUUUUCAUAAAACUUUGAUGAUUAUUGUAUUCUCGUUGGUCCAACUAACAUUCCGAGAAAAUUGUCUUUAAAUAUAGUUUUUCAAAACCGUUGUAAAAGUUAUUUUAUACGAUUCCAAGAAAUCGAUGAGAAUCUCCGUUUCUUCAGGUGACCCCGAACCGAAAAGGCCCAAAUUGGAUCUUCAGAUCACAGAGAAAGUGAAGUUAGUUUCUCGAGAAAUCUUACGAAAAUAUACGAUUUAUUUUUAGAGGUACAACCGUUUCGGAACAAAGUUCUCAUGGAGAGUUGAUUUACGGCGAUAAUCAAUUGGUCGCCUGUGAUAUUGUUAUCUGA